AUGGUCAACAACAAGAAUACCAGCAACGUCAAGGCGUCCCCCGGAUUCAAGAGCAAUAAGCAACAACAACAACAACAACCGCAGGCAUCACACGCGGCGAGGAGGAAUACCGACUUUCAGCACUACGAUUUCUCACAUCAUGAUUUGAACUCUAGUUACCAUGAUUUCCAUCCACAGCAACAACAACAACAGCACCAGCGGGAUGAUCACGAGGAUCGUGUUCAUGGAUCGUCGUUUGGGGCAGGGGCCAAAGGAAACUUUGUGCCUUCCUGGUUCGGGUCUCUCCGCAGUUUCGCCAUCUCGGCGACGACCAGUUCUAAGGGGGCUUUCGCACCCCUCAACACCGCCUCUUCCCCUACUUCUUCCUCUUCUUCAUCAUCAACAUCUUCAUCCCCAAAGUCGUCAAAGAAAUCCUGUGGUCGAUCCUCUUCCAUCUACUAUUCAAGCACACGGGUCUUUGACGACGUCGACGAUGACGACGACGAGAACGAUUCUGGAUCCUCGAGUGAUGAACCCGUCACGAACCUGAAUGGGUUGAAGGAGAAUCGUGUCCGAGGCCCGAGAGUGAACUGGAUGGCGUUGGAUCCUUCUUUGGGAGGUUUAUUUGCGGGGUCUUAUAAGCCUCUGCCCACAAACGAGUCUGAAAAUGACUUGUCGUCUUCGAAUGAGGGCGGGGAGAGUGACAGGGUGAGUGGGGUUGAGGAUUUGGGGAUCGCUGAGGCGCCUUACCGCUCUUACCGUGACGAUCAGAGUGGCGAGAGUGGCGGUGAUGAUGGAAGGAGGAUGAUGAGAGGUGGCUAUGGGGAGUGUGGCAGUGGCAGUGAGAUGCGCGCUAGCUUGACUAGGGGUGACUUGUGUGAGGAGGAUGGAGGAAACGCGUGGGCACGUGUGAUGGAUGAUGCGACUGCGCCUGAGGUCGGAGUAUUUACGAUGCCUGUGGCUGCUCCCUCUUCGACAUUGGCCUUCCUCAAAUCAUAUGUCCCCACUCUCAGAGGAAGUGGCUCCGACUCUUCCGCAAGUCCAACAGCCACGUCUCCAACGACAUCUACAACGACAUCAUCGCCGAUUACUCCGACGACGGCAACAGGAGGAGGUGGCCUCUGGUCGUUGAGAAAGUUGUCGAUGACCUUCCUGAACGGAAAUCAAUACUCUGCCGUCAGCGACAAGUCGGCUCUCACCGGCGAGGAGGAAGAUGAUACUGGAGAGGGGGAAGAGAGUCGACCUCGGGAACAAGGACGUCGCGCUGGGUACAGGGACGAUUACGAUGAUUUUGACGAUUACGGCGACGGACGCAGGAUCUCGCACGAGAAUGUUGGCACCAAGGAGUCACCUACGACUCCUCCCGUGAGUGCGGGUGGUGGUGGAGGGUUGACGGUGUCCUACUUGGCGUCGAUUGUCUCCAAUGCGACGCAGGCCGGUGCUCAGUAUAUCCCUGCCCAAGUGCGUGAUCAAUUGCCGGUCGCGGUUGUUAGCAGUCGAAGUCUCAAGAAGGACUAA